AAUAGUCAGAUUACACAUUCACUUCUAGUGUUCAUUUGAUGAAGAUUGACUUCUUAAAGAAAAAUGCUUUUGGGUACCGUGACUCCAAAGUGUUUGAUUUGCGCCACACUAAGAUAUUUUAUGUGGGUUUUUCAGCUACAGUGAAGCUGGACUGUGUUCCUGAGAAAGAAACACAGUUCACAAAGAUCAAUUUGAGCACAAUGGAUUUUGGAUUACACAGUGAAAGUCAUUCCAAUAUCCACUCUACUAUUGCACAGAACAUAUCCUGGCCUGGUGUUAUUGAUGCUGAAUAAGUUAAAUUGGAAGCAUUGACGUGCUGACAGUUAAUCUUGUCAAACAAGGGUCAGUUCGAACUUUCUGUAUUAAUUAUUUCCCAUAUUAGCAACGUUGAGGGGAUGUGUACAUUUAGGAGAAGACACUGAUUAUUAUAUCUUCUAUUUUGGAGAAUUGCACUAAAAAUUAUAAGAAACAUAGAAGAAAAUAUGAAUAACAAUUGAAUGGAACAGUAACAUGACGAAUGGAACAUUGGAUAACAUAUAUCCAAAUCGGUUUGUUUUGAAUCAUUUUAUUACUUCAGUCGUGAAUUUUCAAGGAUCAAAAUUUGGCUGGGAGCUGGCUAGGAAAAGAAUUUGUGCAAAAACAACUUAUCGUCACUUGCACCUGGAAGAUCUCAAUGAGCCGUCAUUUAGUAAGAAAUUCACAAACAGGUUUUUAAAUUAUAUUUGAUGUGAUGCCCAAUCACUUGAAGAAAGCUCUCUUUUCCAUAGCUGCUAUUGUAAGUUUCGUUUCCAUAAUCCUGCUGACUGUGGCACUGGGGUCAACGCGAUGGGUGACUGCUUCUAUUCUGUGCAAAACUGGGGCUGAUAUUGUAAAUGCCACUGAUCCAGAGAUGGUAAAGUUUAUGGGACAACUUUACUAUGGACUAUUCCAGGGAAGAAAGAUUCGACAUUGUGGUCUUGGAGGACGGUGCUCUAAAAUCACAAUUUUUCCACAGCUGGUGAAAACGCUGAAUGCAGCUGUUCAUAUUUUGGUUAUAUUUUUUAUCUGCCUAGCGAUUACAUUUUCUGUGGUCAGUUUUGGGUUUUGUAUUUACAAUGCAGUGAAAAUUCCUUACCAAGCCAUAAAAGGACCAAUGGGCAUCUACCUCUGGACCUCAAUUGCAAGUCUAUGUGGACUGUUUGCAAUUGUGUGCUUUAUUUCUGCUGUGAGGCUUCAUCGGCAUACAGAGAGAAUUGCCAAUUUUCAUGAACAUGUUUUUAAAUUCAUUAUCCUUCAGGAAUACUUUGAUACCUCUUUCUGGUUGUGCGUGGCAAGUGCGGUUGUGCAUGUAGCCAACAUGUUAGUAGUCAGCAUCAGUGGAGUGCAUUUCCCAAAACUGAAGACCAAAACAGAGGAAGCAAAUGUCACACCUGAAGACCUAAUGUAUUAGUAAAUGGAUGUUGUAGUUAUACAAACGCUUAUUAUUGGAACUAUCAGCAAGAUUAAACAGCUUCCAGGAGUUAAGUGAAUCUUGUUACUUUGUGACAAAGGGUUUCUACUUGGUAAAAUACAAGUGAUAUUGCUCCAAAGUUAAAAACAAGCACUUAGCAUAUUUUCUUCCUGAAGUAAAGUGUCGUCAAUAGUAUUUACAAUAAAUUGCUACUGUCUGCGUUUAAAAGCUUAUUUUCUUUGUAUAACAUUCAGUUGAUAUUCUAAUAAUAUAUUUGCUUCUGCAUGUAUUUUUAGCUUUCUUUUCAUACGAUAGUUUUAUGCCCUUGCUGAUGUAAAUGUGAUUGUACACUAUAAUAUAGAAGUUUAAGGGUCAGAAGUGAUGCUUAGAAUGCUCAGUAUAUAUUUUGUAAAAGGUUAGUACAACAAUAUUUCAGAACAACGUCCGAGCUAAAUAAAG